UCUUCUCUUUCAUUUCACUUGAAGUAAAAUUAUAUCUUUUCCCGCCCCUCUAGAAUUCCUCUCGUCGAGCAAAUCUACAGCUUGUUUCUUCAGUUAAUUCUCUAGAUCUGUUUGUAAGGUUUUAGAAUCAGGAUUUUGCAGCAAUGUCAGGCCAAUCUAAUCCCCUCUGCUCCGAAUUCUCAGCGGCCGAGUUGGAGUUUUUAGCGGAAGACGAGAUGAUCGAGAUCGUUCCAAAUAUGAAAAUGGGCACUCUCAAUUUUAUUUGUGGAGACCUUGGCCCUUUUCAUCCACAACUAGCUGCUAAAGUACCUCUGUGGUUGGCUGUCGCUUUGAAGAAGAGAGGAAAAUGUACAAUUCAACCUCCAGAGUGGAUGUCAGUUGAUAAAUUGACACAGGUCUUGGAAGCAGAGCGAGAUGAUAAGGCUGUCUGUCAACCACUACCCUUUCAUUAUGUAGAAAUUUCAAGGCUUCUAUUUGACCACGCUCGUGAUGAUAUAGCUGAUGUGUAUAUGGUUAGGUCUCUUAUCGAGGACAUCAAGGAUGUAAGGUUUCACAAGAUUGGUACCGGCUUGGAGAAGAUAUCUGAGCGUACAUCUGCAUUGAAGUUUAAGAAUGUAUCUGCAAUGGAAGUGAAUAUAGUGAGGCCUUUUGUUGUGAAGACACUUGAGACAUUCUAUAAACUAGAUAGUCCUGAUGGACAAGAUGUAGCGGAUAGGGGUGGUAGUACAAGCAGAAGAGUCCAACCACCACCAGCAGCAGCAGCAGCCAAUACUUGGGCCAAACGACCACUAAAACCUGGGAGAUGAUGAACUUUGAAUUGUGACAAACUAACAAUUGAAGAUUUUUUCUGGCACGGAGCUCUAGGUAAUUGUCGCUGUAAUCUUAAGGUUGAACAAAGGAAAUGAAGGUGUAUUAUUAUUAUUAUUGUUUUUGUUAUUGUUGACACCAGCUAACAAAGCAAGACACAUAAAGGUGUGGAAUAAUAAUGAAAACAUUUGAUAGA